AUGGAUGACAAACAUUUUUUCACUGUAAGUAAAACGAAGAUCAGAAAACUGGAAGUAGCUGAAACUGAGCUAAAAAUCACUAAGCUGGAACUGGACAGCACGUCUAAAUCACUGCAGCAGAAAGACCAACAGCUGGAUUUCAAAAGACAAAUAAAGAAUAAAGAUACAGAACUGAGAAACAGAGACAAAAUCAUCAAGGAGAAAGACGCACAACUCAAAGAUACAAAUACAACACUAGAGAAGACGAAUAAAGAGCUAGAGAAGAGAGACAGAGCUCUAUAUGAGAGAGAUCAAGAACUAAAACUAAAAGACACACAGAUACAGGAGACACAAAUACAAGUGGAGGAAAAGGACAACAGACUUGUGGAGAAGGAGAAAGAAUUAAAUGAGAAAGAUGAAGAGCUGAAGGUUCUAAAAGAAUGUUUAGAGACUAAUGAGAAGACUCUUUCUGAGAGAGACACAGUGUUAAUGGAAACUAAUAAUAAACUUCAACAUGCUACUGAACAAGUUAAAGAGAAAAUCUCACAACUGGAGAAUAUGAACAAACUGCUGAGUGAAAAAGAAACACAGCUGAAGAACACAGAUAAAGAAAUGGAAACCAGUAAAAACAAACUGGUUACACUGGGGCAGAAGCUGCAGGACAAGAAGACACAACUAGAGGAGAUGAUGAUCGUACUGGAGCAACAGAAAACUGAGUUGGCAGAAAAAAACAAACAGCUUGAAGAGACAGAGAGACGUCUAACUGAGAGAGAGACACAGCUAAUGGAGAGAGACAAACAGCUUCAGGAGAAAGACAGACUUCUAGAGGAGAAAACAAAGCAGCUGCAGGAACAGACAGAUCCAGAAUCAUCAGCCCCCAUCAGGAGAAGAAACAGCAAGGAAGCGUUACCUCCAACUAUGGGUGGAGAAUCGUCUAGUCCACAUUCUCCAGUGUCGGUUCCUGUAGCAGAACUGAGGCUGGUGCUGCUGGGGAGGACGGGGUCUGGGAAGAGUGCAGCAGGAAAAACCAUCCUGAGCAGAGAGGAGAGAAACCAGGCUGUUACAUUUACAGCUACAUCUAUAUCCACCCAGCAGAGUGAGAGCACACAGGGGGAGGUGGCUGGGAGGAAGGUGACUGUGGUGGACACUCCUGACUGGUUCUCUCCUGGACUCUCUCUGGAGAAGCUGAGACAGGACGUGGGACUCUGUGUCCAUCUGUGUUCUCCAGGACCCCACGCCUUCCUCCUGGUCAUACCUGUAAAGCAGCCUACAGCAGAGGAGAGAGGGAUGCUGGAGAAAAUGGAAGAGAUUUUUGGAGAGAGAUGUUGGAGAAACACCAUGAUCAUAUUCAGUGUUACUGAUGAACUUCAGAAGAAGAACAUUGAGGAGUUUAUCCAAUCAGGAGACCAGGAGGUCCAAAGACUAGUGGAGAAAUGUGAGAACAGGUUUCACUGUCUCAACAUUAAGGACAGUAGAGAUGGUUCUCAGGUCUCAGACCUGCUGGGGACACUAGAGAAGAUUGUGGAAGGAAGCAGAGAGAAAUUCUACAGCAGUGAGAUCUACCUGGAGACAGAAUCUCAGAUAAGAGUGAUGGAGACUAAGAUUCUUAAGGAAAAAGAAGAGAAAAGGAUGAGAGAGGAAAUGGAAGUGAAAGAAAAACUAGAUAAAGAGGUGCAGGACUCUCUGAGAAAGAUAGAGGGAGUGAUCCAGGAGCAUGAGGGAGACAUCAGACAACUGAAUAACCGAACAACUGAACUGGAGAGAAAGAUGAAAGAAGAGAGAGAUGAAGAGAAAAAGAGAGAACUUGAGAGGCAGCUGAAACUAGAGGUAGAGCGAAGGACAAAAAUGGAAGAAAAGGUGAAGAAACUAAAAGAAAAGAGAGAAAGGGAGAGGAGAGAGAUGGAGGAGAGGCACCAACAAGAGAUGGAGGAGAUCAGGGAGGUGUAUGAAGGAGAGGUUAGGAUGGAGACAGAGAGAAACCUCAUGAAGAUCAUCCUGCCUGAACUCCAGAGAAACAUUUUGGCCUCAAAAACAAAGAUGCAGGAAGAUCUCAGCAGACAGAUGGAGGAGAAGAACAGAGAGCUGGAGACUCUUAAACAGAAACAUUCAGAUCUCACAGAAGUUCUCAGACUGAGGGAAGAAGUUUAUCAGGAAAUAGUGAUGAGUUUAACGUAUCAAAACCAGCAGCCAGUUUAAACUGAAUUAUCACUGCAUGUAUGACUUUGGAGUUGAUUCUGCUGUUUGCAAACACAAUAACACUAAUAACACAAUUCUUUUUAUUGUGACUUAAGAUCAGUGGUCUCAUAUUUCAUAACAAUAACAGUCAUGUUGAUGAUAAAGUUUUGGCAUUAUGAGGAUUUUCUAUUAAAAUGUCAGAGUGUAAGUGCUGCUAGGAUGUUCAUCAGGAGGACGGCACAGGAUUCUACCAAACCCACAGAACAGUUACAGAUACGGUAGCAGCAGUGGUGAAAAACUGUGAUAAAGACAAACCUUACAGCACAACAAAACUGUAUAUUAUAAAAUAAUAUAUAAUUAUAUAGAACUUGAACUUUUGUGAAAGAACACAGUAUAAUAUUUUUUCUUAAACUUUCAUGCCAAGAUGUUAUUUACA